UGGGAGUGUACUCGGGUGGGAGCCGAGAGGAGUCGGAGCUGUCAAACAGCAGCACCCUCUGAAAUAUUAUCCCAGGCUGCACAAAAACCUCGUACUUUGUUCCUUUCUUGAAGAGCGAAGACAGAAACAGACUUCGAGCUCACUCUAAGAUACUUGCUGGACUUUUGACCCGUGGAAACGACAAACUUCCUGUUUGAUGUGUUGGUGGCUCUUGGCUCGAGUUUUGUUGACAAACUAGCCGCUCAGCUAGUCCCCUGAGCUAGCUUCGUUUUCCACUUUGCUGCUGCUGCUGGUCGGCUGGUCGUGUUCAGUGAAGAGGUACCCGGGGAAGGCAUGGCACCCAGCGUGGACUCUUACUGCAAACAACUCUACGGAAUUAAAACAGGUCUCAAAGGUCCCACUAUACAUCUGACAAACAUGUGAACACACUUUUACCCUGGCUGACCCCCUCUGUUACAAGCAGUGAGGAGCUGGAUGAGUAGGAAACACCUUGGAUCCGGUCAGAGAGCAUCAACAGGGGUGCCCAAAGCCCGAUUCAAAGCUUCAGUAUAUGUUCCCCUUGUCAUGUGGGUACAUUACAGAAGAAGGCCCACAUUACCUGCACUGGUGUCACUGUCUUCCACAUCACCAUGGACCGGAACAAACGCAACUCCAUCGCUGGGUUUCCGACACGAACAGAACGCAUCAAUGAAGACAGAGAUGGUGUCGGAGGGGUAGGGGUCAGCGAGGCGGGCAUUGGCCCUUCUCCACAGGUGGGCAGGGUGUGGCCGUCAUCCUACAGAGCCCUCAUCAGUGCCUUCUCCUGCCUCACACGCCUUGAUGACUUCACCUGUGAGUGGAUCGGCUCAGGGUUCUUCUCUGAUGUCUUCAAGGUUCGUCAUCGAGCUUCAAACCAAGUCAUGGCUUUGAAGAUGAACAAACUCAGCAGCAACAGAGCCAACAUGCUGAGGGAAGUCCAACUCAUGAACCGGCUUCGCCAUCCGAACAUCCUCAGGUUUAAAGGUGUGUGUGUCCAUGAGGGCCAGCUUCACGCUCUGACAGAGUACAUCAAUGGUGGAAACCUGGAGCAGCUUCUAGACAGCAACAAACACCUGAGUUGGCCCACGAGGGUGAAAAUGGCCUGUGACAUCGCCAGCGGUCUGGCCUACUUGCACUCCAAAGGCAUAUUCCACCGGGACCUCACCUCCAAGAACUGUCUGAUUAAAUGUGAUGACAAUGGCUACACGGCAGUGGUGGGAGACUUUGGCCUGGCAGAAAAGAUCCCCACCAACCUUGCUGAACGAGAGAAGCUCUCAGUGGUUGGUUCUCCAUUUUGGAUGGCUCCUGAAGUGCUAAGAGAUGAAUCCUACAAUGAAAAGGCUGACGUCUUCUCCUACGGUAUAAUCCUCUGUGAGAUCAUUGCAAGGAUUCAGGCUGACCCUGACUUCCUUCCGCGCACCGAGAACUUCGGCUUGGACUAUCACACGUUCCAGCACAUGGUUGGAGACUGUCCGCCUGAUUUCCUUCAGCUGGCUUUCAACUGCUGCAAUAUGGACCCAAAACUUCGUCCAUCCUGCCAGGACAUCGUGAGGCGCCUCGAGGAGAUCCUUGCUCGUCUUAAAGUUGAAGAGUUGGUGCACGAGUGUGUUCCUCUCAGUGUGGAAAACGACAAGAAGAACCUACCUAAAGGUGAUAAAAUCCAGGGCUUCAAGCGACUGAACCCCCUCAGUUUCCAGGAUGAUAAAAUCCCUCCAAAAUCCCCCCGCCCUCGACGGAACAUCUGGCUCAGCCGCAGCCAAUCAGACAUCUUUUCCUGCAAACCAGGAAGAAAAGUAAACCUCCAGGACCCGUACUACAACCCCCCCGUCAAUCAGCGGGCCUCCAAAGCUCGCAAGAUCAACCCGUUCACCGCCAGAGAGGACCUUUGCGGGGGAAAGAUCAAGUUCUUCGAUGUACCGAGCAAGUCGGUCUUCUCUCUGGUGUUUGACCUCCACUCUCCUCCGGGGAGUGCGUUCAGCAACCAGCCGUCUUCUCACGGACCAGGAGGACCCCAGCAGGAGGCGUCGUACUACUGGCAGCAGCUUCCAGGAAGACAGUGUCACUCCUUACCCGUCUCCCCACAGCUGCCCCGCUCUGAGGUCUUUAACCUGGCUGCUGCUGUGACCUGCAACUCUAGCCAGUUCUCCACAACGCUGCCAGGAAACGACGUCCGACAGAAGGCCCCUCUGAACACCUGGGGGAAGAAGUACGUGGUAGUCGAGAUCCCACCUUACUGCCGGCAGAGAGGAGGGGAGGAGGAUGGAGAGGCGGAGGGGAGGAAGGAGGGAAAUGAGGAUGAUGUGUUUGGGGAGAGCUGGUCUCCGAUGGUCCCCAGCAGUGAGAGAGACAGUGGGGAGGCGAUGGACUGCUCCAGCACCCUGGAGGAAGAGGAGGAACGAGAGAGAGGGACGGACACCUGCUCCAUGUAACACACAUGCUAAUCCACGCUCACUCACAUGCACUCUUGGUGGCAGGGAGGAGGUGGUGGAUCGGGACACAGGAGGGGGGGCUUCUCACAGCAGGAGCUAGUUUUUAAAAGUAGACUGACCGGACUUGACACAUUUCAAAGACUGUGGACAAUAAGAUGUAAUAAAAGAAGAAAGAGCACUUGAUUUUUACCUUCAAGUGAAUGUAUCAGGUGGAUUCAUAAAUCAAGCACACCUGGGGUAGAGAAAGGAGAUUUUGUCACACAGGUGUGAUGGGAAAAAGCACACAAACAGAGCUUCUGUCCACACGGGACACUCUGCAUAGAGAUUAUUUUUUGAAAAGGUUGUUUAUAUUUCAUCUUGUGACAUGAUGUAGAUUAUUUUCCUUUAAAGCUUUCUCAUAUUGAGCGUCGUGUCUGUGAGGAGGGGUAUCGAGGAUCCCCAGUGUCGUUUUUGUGAGUGUUUAAAAUCAGCCCUUGUGUUUUAUACGUUCUCCUUGUGUUCUUUAUUAGACAAAUGUUUUUAUGAAAUUAAAGCAGCCAAUGUUUUUCUGAUUAGCAGCAGAGCGCCCAGGAAUCUGAACGAGAAAACCAGAGUUAUGUCACAAUAAGUCAGUGCCUAAAAAACAAUAAUAAUGAGACAGACCCUCAAACCAACUUUCAGGAUAACCCUUAAAAAAAGCUAACUUUUUGAAAGCUAAAUUUCAGGUGUUAGAAGUCUGAUUUUAUUUAAAUGCACCAUGUCUUCCAAACGGUGUCUUCUCACAACUGGACUGAUACACAGUGAUGAAGAUGAAGCUUUUAAAAUUAAAGCCAACAUGGGAUAGUUUCUAGCUAAGUCAUGACCCUGAAGCACGACAUAACAAAAUAAUACGUUCAUGUUUGCUAAUGUUAGCAGACUUUAAUAUGCCUGUAUUACUGAGUUUUGUCACCACGUAAAAUUGCAUAGUCUACCUUAAAGCAACAACAUUUAAAUGUAUGGAAAUAGGGCUGGGCGAUAAAACGAUAACUAUAAUUGUCGAGAUAUUAUUUUUCUCAAUAUAAGUAUAACAAAUGUACGAUAAAAGGUUGAUAUAUUUAAACCUGUAAUUACAUCCCUCAACCACUGGAAAGGAAGGGGCUGUAGUGUGUCUUAAAUGCUAGUUCCCACCCAACAUUAGACAGAAGAAGAAGUUGGAAUGGAACGGAAAAUGCAAUGCUGGACUAGAAAGUCUGCUGAACUUCAUUAGUUAAGAUGAUUUGAUUAUUUACUAGACUACUAAAUCCAGUUACAACUGAAGAAACCGUCUGCUUUCUUCAACUUUCACUCAGGAGAAAAAAAUCUGCCUUUAAAAAUGAUAUGAAAGAAUGAUCUUAUAUUUAUCUUGAAAAUUAUUGUUAUCGACUGAUAUGAAAUAUGUUAUUGUGAUAACAUAUUUUUCAAUAUCGCCUAGCUCUACAUGGAAAUCAGAGGCUCCUGGAGGUGCUAAAUCAAUGAAUUAUAAGAAAGGCAAGCAGUGGUGUACGUUACACAAAUAAAAACAGAUACUGUGAGUACGGCAUGUCCUGCCAGUUCAAACUUUUACAUCAUUUUGUUUAUCAGAGUCCUUUGACCAAAAGUCAAAGUGAUGCCGGUGCUGAGAUGAGAAGUGUUUGCAGCUACCUUCAGAUAGUUCAGUUUGUGAAUACAAAUGAAGGCAGAAACACUAGUUUUCUACUUUUUCAGCAAUAAUUUUAGACUAAUGUUGAGUAUUAGGGUCGCUCAACUGAAAUAAGUCACUAACAAACAAGACUGUUAGUUAACACCUUUUUUCUUGUCACAUUUCAACUUUGAUCUCCAAAUCUCAUUUUUUAAAUGAUCCUUAAUGUGGCUCUAAUCCUCCCUCACAUAAAUUAGAGGGUGUUUGUUGAAUUAAAGCACACUUGGGAACUUUACAGACCUAAAAACUCAAUUGAGACCCCAAAGAGAGAUGAACAAAUGAUCCUGUAAUAAGAGCACAGCCUGCUCUUUCAGCUCUUUCAUUCACAUGUGCCUGAUACUGAGUCUUGCUAUGCCUGUUGUAAGAAAACUAAACAUCAGCGUGAGCUUUGGUAGAGUUUAAAAAAACACCAACAAGAUGUUUGGUGAUGACUGAAACUAACAAUCUCUGAAACUCUCCGUUAUGUUCUGGAUUCCCACAUUUGUUUCAGAGUCUCAGGACAGUAACUGUCAUUGAAACAGAUGUUUGUUUGAAGCCCUCAGAUUUGCAGUGCUGUGAACUGGGUGCUUUUUCCUGUUGAAGAUCAUAACCUGUGCACAGCUGUGGCUUUGUUCCAUCGCUCGGCAGUGAUUGGUCAGGCAGAGAGGGGUAAGCGGCGCUAAAUCAACAUGAUCUCUCCUGGACUUUAUUUUGUGUUUUGGCAUACUCUUUGUCCCCUUGCGUAAACAUUUUCUAAAGUUAAGGUAAAAAAAAACAACAACCGCAGUUCAACCUCUCACCACAGGGGCCGCCAAAGACAACAAAACACGUCUUAAAGAUUUCGACUUCAAAUCGAUGCUCUGUGGGAUUUAUACUUUUAAAAACACUCCAGUGAAUAUCUGAAUGAGACGAGGAAGAGGUGAGGCUUGUGUGGAUGUCGCAUGUCCUUUUCUUUUAACAGAGUUUGAUUGCGAAAGUUGAAUAUCAGCGGUGUCAGUGUCACACUAAAUGAUUGUUAUUAAAUCUUUGUCUCCGCUGCGGCACUUCUUCAUAAUGCUCUCGUUCAUUCUGCUGAUUCCUUUAAUCAGAACUAAAAUGCACUCAUUCAUGGACACCCUUUAAACUCUUCUAUGCAACCGAUGCAACUUUUAUGAGGCUGUUUUACAGAUCUGAUAUUUAUGAGAAAACAUUUUUAAUGUCUUACAUUUGUAAAUUUGUGUAUAAAGUUUGUGUUACCUUCCCUGAUGAAAACAGGUUGUUCAGAUGUUUUUGCUGAUUGAAUAACAAAGCUGUCAUUGUGAGAAAUGUU